AUGUAUAUGCAGGAUUACAAGCUUUGGACACAACAGCAAACAAACACCGCUGGAUGCAAUAAACUCGGGCUUGCAGGACUUUCCAUAACCACCAUGGACGAUUACACAAGCGGAUCGGACUCUGACUACACCAAGUACUGGAUCGACUGGUUCUUGGGCACCAAGGGCAACGAAUACUUUUGCGAGGUCGACGAGGAGUACAUCCUGGACCGCUUCAACUUGACUGGAUUGAACACGGAGGUCCAGUACUACUCUCAGGCUUUGGACUUGAUCACCGACAACCUUGAUGAGAACUUGGACGAUGAGAUGCGUGAAAUCGUCGAAAAGUCGGCUCGCCACUUGUAUGGCUUGAUCCACGCCAGAUUUAUCAUAACUACCCACGGACUCACAAAGAUGUUGGAAAAGUUCAAGAAGUGCGAUUUCGGACGUUGCCCCAGAGUUCUCUGCCACAACCACCCUCUGCUCCCUGUUGCGCUCUCUGACGUCCCCUACACCAAAUCUGUCAAGUUGUUCUGCUGCCGCUGCGAGGACAUUUACAACCCUAAAUCGAGCCGACAUGCCUCGAUCGACGGCGCUUACUUUGGCUGCAGUUUCCCUCACAUGCUCUUUCAGGUCUACCCCCAAUUGGUGCCACCAAAGAGCACGGACCGCUAUAUCCCCCGUAUUUUCGGAUUCAAGUUGCACGAUGUCGCCAAGCAGCAACGAUACCAGGAUAUGAUCCGCGAGGAGAGCCAUGCAAGGAUCAUGGCAGGCAUCGAGGGACUCCCCACAACGGCCGCACAGGGCUCUUCGUCUGGACAACAGAACAAUAAGAACAGGGUGGCUGACGGAACUCCCGUUGCAACAGAGUCUGGCGCUAUGGCUGAUGUGAACUAA